ACUGCAGGUCUGACGGCUUCCAGGRAGCGAGGACCAGGCGGGCUGGGUUUCGCUCCGGGGUCGGGGUCACAGUCUGGGAAGAGCGAUGACUUUUCAGAUUUGGGGGUGGCGGAGGGAAGACGCAUCUCAGGUUUUGGCCUGGGCGCCCCACGCCGAGAGAGGGGGAGCGAUGCCGUGCCAGACCCUGGCUACAAAAGACCCUACAGCUGUAGAGAGAGCAAACUUGUUAAACAUGGCUAAACUGAGUAUUAAAGGACUCAUUGAAUCUGCUCUCAGCUUUGGUCGCACUUUGGACUCCGACUAUCCCCCUUUGCAGCAGUUCUUUGUCGUUAUGGAACAUUGUCUGAAACACGGUCUUAAAGUAAGAAAAUCAUUUUUGAGUUACAACAAAACUAUUUGGGGCCCUCUGGAACUGGUGGAGAAACUUUACCCAGAAGCAGAGGAAAUAGGAGCCAGUGUCCGAGACUUACCUGGUCUUAAGACCCCACUGGGCCGUGCAAGAGCAUGGCUUCGAUUAGCCCUCAUGCAGAAAAAAAUGGCUGAUUACCUGCGUUGCUUAAUUAUUCAGAGGGAUCUCUUGAGUGAGUUCUAUGAAUAUCAUGCACUAAUGAUGGAAGAAGAAGGAGCAGUAAUUGUUGGACUGCUGGUUGGUCUGAAUGUAAUAGAUGCUAAUCUUUGUGUGAAGGGAGAGGAUUUAGACUCACAAGUUGGAGUGAUUGAUUUUUCCAUGUAUUUAAAAAAUGAAGAAGAUAUUGGAAAUAAAGAAAGGAAUGUUCAAAUUGCUGCUAUUUUAGACCAAAAAAAUUAUGUUGAAGAAUUAAAUAGACAACUCAACAGUACAGUCAGCAGCCUCCACUCAAGAGUUGAUUCAUUGGAAAAGUCAAACACUAAGCUGAUUGAAGAGUUAGCAAUAGCAAAGAAUAAUAUUAUUAAACUCCAAGAAGAAAACCAUCAAUUACGGAGUGAAAAUAAAAUGAUUUUAAUGAAGACACAGCAGCACCUAGAGGUCACCAAAGUGGAUGUGGAAACAGAACUUCAAACAUAUAAGCAUUCUCGGCAGGGGCUGGAUGAGAUGUAUAAUGACGCCAGAAGGCAGCUUCGAGAUGAAUCUCAGUUACGACAGGAUGUGGAGAAUGAGCUAUCAGUACAAGUUAGUAUGAAACAUGAGAUUGAACUUGCCAUGAAGUUGUUGGAGAAAGAUAUCCAUGAGAAACAAGAUACUCUAAUAGGCCUUCGACAACAACUAGAGGAGGUUAAAGCAAUUAACAUAGAGAUGUAUCGAAAGUUACAGGGUUGUGAAGAUGGCUUGAAAGAAAAAAAUGAAAUAAUUGCCCGACUAGAAGAAAAAACCAAUAAAAUUACUGUAGCCAUGAGGCAGCUGGAACAAAGAUUGCAGCAAGCAGAGAAGGCGCAAAUGGAAGCUGAAGAUGAGGAUGAGAAAUAUCUACAAGAGUGUCUGAGUCAAUCUGACAGUCUGCAGAAACAAAUCUCUCAAAAGGAGAAACAGCUGAUCCAACUGGAAACUGAUCUGAAGAUUGAGAAGGAAUGGAGACAGACUUUGCAGGAAGAUCUUCAAAAGGAGAAAGAUGCCUUAUCUCAUCUUAGAAAUGAGACCCAACAAAUCACUAAUCUUAAAAAAGAGUUUCUUAACCUCCAGGAUGAAAAUCAGCAGUUGAAAAAAAUAUAUCGUGAACAAGAGCAAGCUCUUCAAGAACUUGGCAACAAACUUAGCGAAUCCAAACUUAAAAUAGAAGAUAUAAAAGAAGCUAACAAAGCAUUGCAGGGACUGGUCUGGCUCAAAGACAAAGAAGCAACACAUUGUAAGCUUUGUGAAAAGGAAUUCUCACUCUCUAAGAGAAAGCACCAUUGUAGAAACUGUGGAGAGAUUUUCUGUAAUGCCUGUUCUGACAACGAACUGCCUUUGCCUUCUUCACCAAAGCCAGUAAGAGUCUGUGAUUCCUGUCAUGCAUUGCUCAUUCAGAGAUGCUCAUCUAACUUGCCAUAAGAUUGUAGAACUAAAUCCUUACCUAUGAAAGUUUCUGCAAUGAAUGCUUACAAGGUAUCCAAACAUAAGCAGCCUUUAGUCAGUAUUGGUACCAGUUUAUCUUCUACAUAUUUUACUCAUGGGAAUUAUUAAGUUGUAUCAUUUGGUAUUUACUCAUUGUUACAUUCUCAACAGCAUGUUUUAAAAUAACUUUAAUUAUUACAUGGAAUAAUCAUGGAACCCUUCACUUCAUUUAAAGGCCAGAUAUAACAGCUCAAACACAUUUGCCUUAUCUUGUAAAAAGGCCUUCUUAAAAAAUAAGGCUUCAGAUUGUUUUCUUCUUGAAUUCUGUCAAGUUGGUAUUUGAUGGUGCCUGUAAUUCUCUUAAUGCACUUUAAAGCUUCCCUACUCUCAGAGAAAGAGACUGGAAAUGCACAAACUUUUUAGAAGUAUUAAUUCUCUAACAACAGAAUUAUUAUUUUGGUAGAAUUCCAUAUUCACCUGUAUUUUCCCUCCCUUUCCCCCCUCUUUGCAGUAGAAAAGGUAUUUUAUCCUACAAGAUUGUCUUUCCAUCUUUUCUAAACAACCAUUGUGCUUGCUGAUACUUUUUUGGAGUGAUCUGGUAUUUACAAUUUACUUCUUAUCUUGAAAGGAACUUCCUCUUAAGUUAUUUGCAGAUGUUCUUAGGUGUGGUUACCCCCUUCCCCCAAACAUGAAAACAUAAACCUGCACCAUGGGGGGAAAAUGUGUAUUAAUAUGGAAUUACAUGUUUAAACUUUACCACUGAUGACACAGAAUUGAGAGUUCAUGCAGACACAAUCAACCUUAACACUAAGUUAUAUUGUUUAUACCAUACCAAGAAUUUAAUAUGAAGUUGCCUGUGUAUAAGAAAACAAACUCCUACUGACACUAUUUCCUUUUUAUUAAUCUAAUUUUCAGCCAUGCACUUUGUAAGCCUUUCAAAAACUACAUAGAAACUUUACAUUCCUAAGAACAUUAUACUGAAUGAUCAAAUGCCUUCCUGACCCCCAAGUACUUUUAUCUGUAGGCUCUUUUCCAUGUGACCAUCUCCUUUAAAAUUUAACUAAAUUGCCAAAGAAAGGAACCAAUGUUUUAGCUGGGCAUGGUGGCACACGUCUGUAAUCCCAGCAGCUUGGGAGGCUGAGACAGGAGGAUCUUGAGU